CCAGGACAGCAGGGUUCAUUUACCCUCAGAUCAGAGUGAGAGUGAACUGUUCCAAAAUAUCUGACGACGGUGCGGCCGACAUGAGCAGUGGUUGUUGUGUCUUUGUCCUGUUUUCCCUCCUCCAUGUCUCACUGAGUGUGGAAAUGAGAGGGCUGUAUGGCAGUUUCACCUCCCCCGACUUCCCGCAGCCAUAUCCUGACAACCAGCAGCGAGUGUGGAACAUCUCUGUCCCAGACGGCCACAGGGUCAGAGUCUACUUCACCCACUUCAGCCUGGAACCCUCCAACCUGUGUGAACAUGACUACAUCCAGGUUCUGGCAGAUGGAAAUGAAACCUUGCGGUUCUGUGGUGAGGAAGAGAAGAAGUUUGAAAGCACCCCGGGGAACACUGUCAUCCUGUCAGCCGGGAACAUCAUGUCAGUGGUCUUCAGGAGUGACUACUCUAAUGAGGGCCGAUUCACCGGCUUUCGAGCAUUUUACACCUCAGAAGAUAUCGAUGAAUGUCUGACCAAGGUGGACGGGGAGAGAGUGUGUGAUCAUUUUUGCCACAAUUAUAUUGGUGGGUAUUACUGCACAUGCAGGCAGGGAUUCCUUCUCCAUGCCAACAACAGAUCGUGCACAGUGCCGUGCCACACCCAGGUGUUGACCUCAGCAUCGGGGGUUCUGACCAGCCCCGGCUACCCGAACCCCUACCCUCCCAUGACCCAGUGUGACCACACCAUCCGCAGGCCAGAGGGCCACAGAAUCAUCCUGGACUUCAUGGAACCCUUUGACGUUGAGGGGCACCCAGAUGUCCCCUGUCCGUAUGACAUGUUGAAGAUUUCAACCGCCGGACAAGAAUAUGGACCUUUCUGUGGGUCGACCGCACCAGCCGACAUUGACACCGGGAGUUACCAAGUGCAUGUUCAUUUCAGGUCUGACACCAGUGGGAAAAACAAGGGGUGGAAGAUUAGAUACACCAGUGUUAAAGCUGAGUCGCUCCCUUUGUUGACCUGAACAUUGUAUGUUCUACACAACCAGAAAAAUACAGUGACUUUUACAGUGGCGCACCUUCACACAUUUUUUUAUUGUGAAGCGUUAAUAUAUACACUGUGAACACUUGCUGCAAACAUACGCUCUCGAUUUCAAGCUAUUUCACUUGUAUUUCAUUGUUUUGAGACACUGUCACAACCAAUUUACAAUUUUUAAAUCAGCUUUUUAACAUGUUUGUAUGGCUACAUGUCUUCUGACUACAGUAUACAACCUAUAUACACUAUAUGUGGCCAUAGAACACAAACUACUACAAACAGACACAUUUAAAAGCCCUGACAAAAAUAGAGAAUACAUUCUGUUUUGAAUAUUUUGGAAUCAGUCAAUCUUACCAAAGAGGUUGUUAAACAGUCAUACAUUAUGCAAUCCCAGCUCUGUUCUCUAUCAAAACUAUCAUUAAAUUGUUCUUUAAGCCCAUGAA